AUGGCGCCCAAGAAGAAGUCCGGUCAUGCAGCUCAGCCAUCCACCUCGAAGGCUCCGCCACCCGCGGCCUCCAACGUUGCGGGUGGUGCGGAGGCGCACGAGGGCGCGGACGCUGCUGGGGAAAUGGUCGGAGCAGGCGGCGCCAUCACCACUUCUCUCGCUGCCGACGCAGGAGUAGGAGGCACCGGAGGAGAGCAGCAUCAGCAAGACCAUGACGGCCACGCUCCCCAAGGUACGGGCGAGGGGGUUACUCCAUCGGCGCCCCUCUCCCCCGCCGAUGGGCACAGCCACAACAAUGGCGCUCGUACCAAGGCAAACCGCCGCCCUCCGGCCACCCCCGAGUGCGGUCGUCGCGCGUGCACCUCCUCCGGGACGGGCCGGCCAAGUCGCCGCGCCCGACGGAGCCGCUGGCCCUCAAGCGCCUUCCCCACACCACGCCCAGGUGGUGGCUCUGCAGCGACAAUGGGGGCGCAGUACUACCGCCGCAGGCACCGUAAGGAGCUACGCAACGGUACGAUCGACUUCAUCAACGUCCAUGCCAAGCACUACUUCGGAGGCCAUGGCACGAGCUCAGCUGCUGCUGAGGUUUCCGCCAGCGGCCAAGCAGAUGGAUGA